AUGACACCGAUACAGCUCCCUCCGUUGGCAUGGAACUGUCACACGCACUGCUUCGACCCAGAAAAGUACCCUUUCAAAGCAACUCGCGCUUACACCCCCGAACCUGCUAGGGUCAAUGCACUCAUCCAAAACUCUUUCACGGAUCAGCUCAUGUUGGUCCAGGCGACCAUAGAAGAUGGGUACCGUGGCCUGAUUGGAAAUCUGAAUGAGUGUCGCGACUCUGAUCCCAGCAAAAGGGCAUUGGGCACUAUCUUCUGGGACCCAGAAUCAGUACAGGAGCUUCAGGGUUUGACAGCAGCUGACUUUGAUAAACUCCACGACGCUGGUGUAAGGUCUGUUCGUAUUCAUGGUUCAUACGGGGGCUCGGGUGGCGAUCUGGACUGGGUCAAGAAGCAGUUCCUGGACGUUGCCAGACACUGUCCUGUUCACCGACACGACUGGAGCAUCUCGGCUCAGCUUCCACUUUCGACAUGGUCAUCAUUGGAAGCUACACUACUAGAAGAACCACUCCUUGAGCGCGUCUCCAUCGUUGCCGACCACAAUGGCUGCGCCAACCCCUCCGACGUAGGUACCGCAGAGUUUCAAAGCUUCCUGCGUCUUCUAGAGUCUGGGAGGUUCUUUGUCAAGGUAGGAGCCUUGCAUAGACGGUCACCAACGAACAUCAACUUGAUGCGCCCCCUGAUCGAGACCUUUGCCGACCGUGCGGCUGAGAGCAUCCUAUGGGGAAGCGAUUGGCCUCAUAUUGAUGGAAGUGUCCGGGGUCUUAAUCCCACGCCUCCUCUACUGGUUGAUACGCAUUUGGAGCUAGCAGCGUUGAAGGAAUGGCUCACGACAGAGCAAUGGAUGGAAAUGCUUGUUCACAAUCCAACACGGGUGUUCGGCACCGUCGAGAACUAG